CACGUCGUCGCCAUCGUUGCCAACGUUUGCUCUUCUUCAGCCUGCGAGAUGGACACAGGAAAACCUGCAGGAGCUACUAGCGACGGCGAACAAAAGCUUCGAAAGCUCCGAAAGGUCGUAGGCUCCGACGAGCCUCCUCUUGAACCGGAAAGCUUCGCGCGCAGUUACCAGCUCGAAGCGCUUGAGAAGGCAAAAAAAGAAAAUACAAUAAUCUUCCUGGAUACAGGGGCUGGAAAGACGCUCAUUGCUGUGAUGCUGCUGCGAUCCUACGCUCAUUGCAUCAGAAAACCCUCGAAAUACAUCGCAGUCUUUUUGGUGCCAACAGUGGUUUUGGUUCAGCAACAAGCAGAGGUGCUGGAGCUCCAUACCGAUCUAAAAGUCGGCAGAUUCUGGGGUGAAAUGGGUGUUGAUUUCUGGAAUCUCAAUACGUGGAUGGAGAAGUUGGAGAUGUUUGAGGUCUUUGUUAUGACACCUCAGAUUUUACUCAACAACCUUCGCCAUACUUUUUUUAAGCUAGAGCAGAUAAAGUUGUUAGUAUUUGAUGAAUGUCAUCAUGCAAGAGGAAAAGACCCUUAUGCAUGUAUUAUGAUGGAGUUCUAUCAUCCACACAUACGGUCAAGUUCAAUUAAUGUUCCUAGAAUACUUGGAAUGACUGCCUCAAUCACGAACACGAAAGGUUCAAACUCACCAGCCGACUAUGGAAAGCAGAUCAGUGAUCUGGAGAAUCUUAUGCAUUCAAAGGUCUAUACCGUUGCAAAUGAAUCAGUCCUGGCAGACUACAUAUCAUUUCCUAAUGCUAGGAUUAAGCAAUAUAAUCACCUGGACAUUCCAGAUAAACUAAGCCUUCUUUUCGUCCAUCUAGAAGCCUUAAAAGUGAAGCAUGUAGAAGAUCUGCGUGAUUUGAAGUUUGACCCAUCGACCGUUAACAGCUCAAAUAAGAAGAUCUCCAAGCUACGAGAUACCUUUUUGUUUUGCUUAAAGGAGUUGGGUCUGUGGCUAACUAUAAAAGCCUGUGAAUCAUUAUCAAAUGAAGACCAUGCUACUAUUUUUUGGGGUCAAAGCAAUGAUAAGAUUGGUGAAAAAAUUAUAAGAAAAUUCAGUCAUGAUUCGUUUACUUUGUUGUCCAAAAAUGUUCCUGCUGGAUGGUGCAUUGGAGAUGAUUUAAAAGCAGAUGUAGAGGCAGGAUAUUUAACAGCAAAAGUUUCUUGUCUUGUUCGAUCUCUCUUGGAGUAUAGGAUGGUUCAAAAUUUGAGAUGCAUUGUAUUUGUUCAAAGAGUUGUUACCGCAAUUGUUCUACAGUCUCUUUUAAGCCAAUUAAAAGAACUUUCGGGAUGGGGUAUCCAGUACAUGGCUGGAAACCGGUGUGGCUUGCAAUCUCAAACGAGGAACCAACAAAUGGGCAUUGUAGAUGCUUUUAGGGAUGGAAAAGUAAAUAUUAUUGUGGCUACUCAGAUUCUGGAGGAAGGGCUUGAUGUACAGAGUUGUAAUUUGGUUGUGCGAUUUGAUCCGGCUGAAAAUGUGUGCAGUUUCAUACAAUCCCGUGGUCGUGCUCGAAUGCAGGGAUCUGACUAUCUAAUUCUUGUUAAAAGGUAAUGUUGAUUUGCUAUGCCAUUUCUUCU